AUGUCCGUCAACCCGCCCGCCAAGUUCACCGAGUACUUCACCCAGAAGCAGGAGCACUUCCAGGACCUCCUCCGCCGUGCUAGCCUCGAGCUCGACUGCCUGAAUGACACCCAGCGCUACCGCAGCCAGGAGGAUGCCCUCAACUGCAUCAGCGCUGUCAACGAUGACUUUGGCAAGCUCGAGGAGGUCCUCGCCCACGGCCAGGAGCGCGUGAUUAACGAGGUUUCCCGUUGCGUCGAGCAUGUUGGUGGCCGCGACACCGAUGACUGCUUCCUCACCCAGAUCCCGGCCUUCGAGCAGGUGGCCAAGCGCUUCGAGAACGACGUCAACCGCUACAUUGCCAAGCACUGA